AUGACAGCCCAAGUUCGACGGGACUCGUUCAAAACGUUCUGGGACAAAUAUUCGGACAAGCCCGAUACCAACUCAAUGAUGCUCAAUCAAACAGCGCAUGAUUUAGAAGCCAGUGACAGAGCAGAUAUCCUCUCCAGUCUACCUCACUUAACUAACAAGGACGUCGUUGAUAUUGGCGCUGGAAUU